AUGAAUUUGACUUCUAUAAGGCUGUUAGCAUUCGUUGCAAUUGUUUCCGUAAAAUUCGUCAAUACUGUAUCGAAAAAUGUUGAAAUUGAAAGUUUUCUUAAGACAAUUCAAGACUUCUACAAAUUUGAUAGUGUUUUUCUAUUACAAACUUUCGAUUCUGAAAAUGGUUUCGUUGUUCAAAAAGUGUCGAAUUUACUUGGAAUUCCGGUUAUUUUGUCAUCCGGUGAGACAAAAUCUUUCUUUCUAAAAGAAAAGUUUACUGACAAUUUUCUAAUUCUAAUCAAUCUUACCGAAAACAGUAAAAACCUUCUUCAACGGCUUCCAGAAUAUCUUCAAGUCAUGGAGCAUUUUAAAAUUUUAUUUCUUUUAAAAAGUUCAUCAAAAAACGAAACAGAACUAAAGGAAAUUUUCAAAUUUUGUUGGAAUAAUUCAAUAAUAAAUGUAAUAGCAGUUUUUCGAGAUUUUUGCAGCUCAUCAACAUAUUACAGUUUCAGCAAUUUCGGAGAAUUUAAAAUUGAAGAAAUCAUCUGGCAACAGAAUGAAGUAAAUAAUAUUGAAUUGUAUCCAAAUCGCAUGCAUAACUUAAAUGGAAUAAUUUUGCCAAUUGUAUUCCAAUACCGAAAAGACACAUUGUAUAGUUUGAAAACUGUUGGAGAUGAACACAUUUUAAGUGGACAAAUUGGUAACUUGUUUAGAACUUUUGCUGCAAGGCACAACGCUAGAUUAAACACGUCCAGUCUAAUGUUUCCGCUUUUUCUCAACGACUUAAAUAAUUUGGUUUCAAAUAAAACCGUAGAAAUAUCUUCUAUACCCACUCUGCUGAUAUCAAGUAAAUCAUUUUCAUAUCCAUGUUUUAGAAUAGCUGUUGGUGUGAUGCUUCCGAUUGAAGCGAAAAUUCCAGUUUUCAAAGUUUUUAUGCGGGUAUUUUAUUUAGAUGCAUUUCUAAUUGCGGUUACAGUUGUGGUUCUUUUUUCAGCAGUAUUGGAGACAUCAGAAUUUCUUUGGGGAAAAAACAUCGGUCUUCUUAAUUUCUUUAUGAAUCUUAACCUUCUGGGUGGGAUACUUGGACAGUCAUUAGUUGAAAGACCAACAGACAAAUGUUGCACCAAAAUCAUCUACUUACUGAUAUUUUUACUUGGUAUCAUGCUAACCACUUUAUACGGUGCAUUCCUUCAGACUCUUAUGACCGAACCACUUAAAGAAAAAUUUAUAAAAACCCUCGAAGAUGUCAUAUCAUCGAAUCUAAAAAUCAAAGGUUUCUCGUUGCAAUUCGGUGUCGUACGUUUAUAUAAUCCAGAAGUUGAAGAAAUCUAUUCCAAAGCUUUUCUCAUUAAAAACACAAAGGUUUCUGAAGCAAUUGAUAAAGAUCAAGACGCCUUGAACACUAAAUAUGCUUACGUUACAUUAGAUGUUACGUGGAAAUUUUAUGAAUAUAUGCAAAAUUUUCUGGGAAUAAAAUUAUUUCGUUGGUCGAAAGAACUGUGUCUCGUCAAAAGUGUACCAAUUGGUUUUCCUGUUUACGAGAAUUCAAUUUACAAAGAAAUUUUAAAAUUUCACUCUUUGGAUGUACAAGCAUCUGGAUUAUGGGAAUUUUGGAUAAAAAGAGCACUUUAUGAAAACAAAAAAAAUGGUAAUGUGCGAUCGAGAUAUUUUGAAUUUAAAGAAAAAUUUCGUUCGAUGAAAGUUGAAGAUUUCAAAUGGAUUUGGACAGCUUUAAGUUUGGCUUUUCUAAUUAGCAGUUUGUGUUUUUUGGCUGAAAUUUUUGUUUUUAAGUGGAAAAAGCGAAUAAAAAGGAAAUGGCAAUCGUUAAAGUCGUAUUUUAUAUCGAAGUUUUUAGGAUUGAUCCAGAACUAUGCACUUGCAUUUGAUACUAAUUGA